CAUGCGUCAGUAGCUUUCAACUGAGCAGUGAAAUAUGGCCAUUCUUCCAUUUGACAAAAGAAAGGUGGGACUAGUGCUCAUAGCAGCUGCUGUAGUUUUUGUCAGCGCCCUAGUGAUAACCAUGCUAGUGAUAUCCUUCGGCAGUGAAAUUUUGAACGAUGCUGAAAUGUUCGCUGGCCGAGAUGUACUCGAUGAGGUGCCACUGAUCGAUGGACACAACGAUCUGCCCUUCAACAUCUACAAACUGGAGCGAAAUCUGCUGACAAACUUCGACCUGGACUCGAACCUUAAACUGCACCCUGUUUGGGGUCACACAAACACCAGCCACACGGACCUACCACGAAUGCGUCAGGGAAAACUUGGGGCUCAGUUCUGGGUGGCCUACAUUCGGUGUGCCGAGACCCAAUACCGAGACGCCGUUGCGCGAACCAUGGAACAAAUCGAUGUGGCUAAAAGAAUUAUUGCUAGGUACCCCAAUGACCUCAAGUAUGUAACUACAUCGGACGGAAUCAUGGAUGCGUUCCAUGAGAAAAAGAUAGCUUCUUUGCUUGUAGUGGAAGGUGGUCAUUCGAUUGACUCGCGCCUUGCGGUGUUGCGAAUGUUCUACGAGCUAGGCGUUCGCUACAUGACUUUAACUCACUCGUGUAAUCUUCCCUGGGCGGACGCCUCACCGAUAGAUGAAAUGAAGGAUGCCACGAUGAAUAAUUUGUCGACCUGGGGUCGUAAUGUGUUAUGGGAGAUGAAUCGUUUGGGGAUGAUGGUGGACAUUUCCCACGUUAGCUACGGGGUUAUGAAGGAUGCCAUCGAAUACAGUAAGGCUCCGGUUAUUUUCAGUCACUCAUCAUCAUAUGCGGUUUAUCAACACCACCGGAACGUUCAUGAUGACGUGCUAGCGAAGAUGGUCGAAAAUGGUGGGAUUGUUAUGGUUAAUUUCUAUCCUGCGUUUGUCGGUGGCAAAAGCAUUGACGAUGUUGUUAAGCACUUAAAUCACAUCAAAUCUAUUACCGGUCCGAAUCACAUUGGAAUCGGUGGAGACUACGAUGGAGUUGCUGACACUCCUGAAGGAAUGGAAGAUGUUUCCAAGUACCCGGAACUAUUCGAUGCAUUGGCAGCGGGAAAGCUGAGGUCAGGUGAACCAUUCACUCCUUGGACGAGGAGCGAGCUGCGCCAGCUGGCUGGACUGAACUUGCUGAGAGUCUUCAAAGUUAUUGAACAAGUUCGAGAUCAAAUGAUCGAUGUGCCCCCGUACGAGGACAUUAUACCAUAUGCGGAAUUCGAGAGGGCAGGUGUAGCGGAUCAACCCUGUAUGAGUGAUAUGAAUGUGCAUAAAGAAUAAAAAUCUUAAUUCUAAUCAGCCAUUAUGAAUUCAAAACGAAUAAA